UAAAAGCAAAAUAUUUAUGAAAGUUAGUAAGUGGGUUUAAAGAGAUGAGAAAACAUACAACAAAAUUUAGCUGUGCAGUUGAGAGCUCAUUCAAUGAAGAUAAUGGCAUUUGCUCAAUGAAGCCAGUGUGGAACGUUACUAUCUUUUUCAAACCGUAACACCAGCAAGUCGGUCUCAAAGGGGACCCUAAACUCGUGUGAGGCCUUUAAGCGUGGUGUCGGUGAGCCUUGGAAUUUGCUUCCCCUUAAGAUUACUAUGUGAUAAGCCUUGGUAUGCAAUCUGAUCACUCAAGGUUCUGAUCAGCUAAGAAGCUGAUAGUCUUGAUUUGGUUUUGUAGUCGUUUGCUGUUUCGGGGGCUGUAAAAAGCUUGGUUCCCAAUGCAGAUCCUCCUGUUUCGAGGAGGCUCACUUGUGUGCUUCUUGGUGUCAUUGCUAUUUGCAGCAAGCUUUUGCAAUGCUGAUGGUAAAACAGUUGAGGUUGUCGGGGUUGGAGAAUGUGCAGAUUGUGCAGAGAAUAACUUCGAGACUAGCCAGGCAUUUUCAGGUAUCGUUAUCAUUAAAUCUCACAUGUUAUGGCUACAGUGCCAUUCAUGAUUCACUGUAUAUGCUAGUGUCGUCCCGGAACAAGGAUUUUGCAAUCAUGAUGUUAUGCUAUUUGUCUUUUUAUUGACAGGGCUUCGGGUAACCAUAGAUUGCAAGCCAGAAGAUGGGGAGUUCAAAAAUCGAGGUUCAGGCGAGCUUGAUAAAGAAGGGAACUUCAAAGUGUCUCUUCCUGAAGACUUGGUUGAAGACGGAAAAUUGAAGGAAGAAUGCUAUGCACAGCUUCACAGUGCAUCAGCUACAGCUUGCCCUCCACAUGAUGGCCUGGAGUCUUCCAAGUUAGUCUUCAAGUCCACAAGCGACGGGAAACACGAGUAUGGGCUAAAAGGAAAGCUCAAAUUCUCACCAGAAACAUCUUCCACCAUCAUUAUCCACUAUUCCUCCAGUCUACAAGAAGCCUCUUCCCCCACCAAUCCAAUAUACAAACCUCCACCAGUUCCAGUAUACGAGAAACCACAUCUCCCUCCGGUUCCAAUCUACAAAUCUCCUGUCUAUAAACCUCCUCCCGUUCCAGUAUACCAAAAACCACUUCCUCCUCUCAUUCCAAUCUACAAACCUCCUCCAGUUCCGGUAUACAAGAAACCACUUCCUCCUCCAGUAAACAAGAAACCACUUUUUCCUCCAGUUCCAGUCUACAAGCCUCCAGUCUAUAAACCUCCUCCAGUUCCAGCAUACAAGAAACCACUUCCUCCUCCAACAUAUAAGCCCCCUCCAUACAAGAAACCACUUCCUCCCGCAGUUCCAAUCUACAAGCCUCCAGUCUAUAAGAAGCCACUUCCACCUGCGGCUCCUAUUCCUCACAAGCCACAUCCUCCACAUCCAAAGAUUCCUCCUUUCCCUAAGAAGCCAUACCCUCCGUCUCCUUGCGAACCAUGCCCUCCGUCUCCUUGCGAACCAUGCCCUCCCCCUCCUUGCGAACCAUGCCCUCCCCCUCCUUGCAAGCCACUUCCUCCACAUCGAAGGAACAUUGCUCCUUUCCCUAAGAAGCCAUGCCCUCCCCUUCCUUGCAAGCCACAUCCUCCACAUCCAAAGAUCCCUCCUUUCCCUAAGAAGCCAUGCCCUCCCCCUCCAUGCCCUCCUCCUCCUUGCAAGCCACUUCCUCCACAUCCAAAGAACAUUGCUCCUUUCCCUAAGAAGCCAUGCCCUCCCCCUCCUUGCAAGCCGUGCCCUCCCCCUCCAUGCCCUCCCCCUCCUUGCAAGCCACUUCCUUCCACAAUCGAAAGAACAUUGCUCCUUUCCCUAAGAAGCCAUGCCCUCACCUUCCUUGCAAGCCACAUCCUCCACCACCAAAAUCCCUCCUUUCCCUAA